UUUCUGAUCGAAGUGAAGGCAAAAAAGAUUUCGAAGAAGGAAAAAAAAAAAUGGUGGCAGCCAUUGCUGCUGCUACUCUUCCAAACACUGCUUUUUUGCCGAAAAAUCUCUCCUUUUCCAGCACAAGCCAUCAAUUCCUUGGUGGGUUCUCAAAAAGACUCUAUUUUGAUCAGAAAUUUGGGAAUAGAAGCAAGGAUUUGAUCGGUUUAGUGGUCGCUUCUGCUGCUGCUGCUAGUAGUAGCGAUAGCAGGGGAGCUGGGAGGUUCUAUCUAAACUUCACUGGCUUCCCUUUCCCACUUGGCCCGUUCCUCAAUAGACGCACAAUAAGGACCGAGGCUGUGAAAAAUUGCAUAUGGCUCUUUGAACAAGAGCAAGCAUUGGGCUUCAGUAGUGUCUCAACAAACAUUCGGAUGACAGUCAUCAAGCUUAAAUCCGGAGGGCUGUGGGUCCAUGCACCCAUCGCUCCAACUAAGGAAUGCAUUCAGAUCUUGAAGGAGUUGGAUGCUCCUGUUGAACACAUUGUCCUGCCCACUUUUGCCUAUGAACAUAAAAUCUUUGUUGGGCCAUUCUCAAGAAAGUUCCCACAAGCACAAAUUUGGGUGGCCCCUAGGCAGUGGAGUUGGCCAAUUAAUUUGCCGCUCGAGUUCUUUGGAAUCUUCCGGGCCAAAGCUCUAAAAGAUGAGGAUACUUCAACCCCAUGGGCUGAUGAGAUUGACCAAAAAGUUCUCAGCUCACCAGAAGUUGGGAUUGGCCCUUAUGUAGAGGUAGCAUUUUACCAUAAACGUUCGCGAACAUUAUUAGUAACGGAUGCUGUCAUUUUCGUUCCAAGGCGGCCACCAGAAUGUAUCAGCAAAGAAUCAUUGUUAGCAUCUGCAAAGAAUGGUUUAGCAGUGAAGCUCCUCAGCAAAGGGAAGGAAGUUCCAGAGGAACCUGUUGUUGACAAUAAGAUAAAUCGUCAAAAAGGGUGGGAAAGAAUGGUUCUGCAGAUCUUGUUUCUCGGCCCUUCAAAUCUUCUGGAGCCCACUGCAAGCUUCGCUCAGAUGUCACAGAAGUUGAUCGUUUCUCCCAUCGUGAAGACAUUAGUUUUUAGCAAAGUUCCAGAAAAGGUGAGGGAUUGGGUCGAUCGGAUCGCUAAAGACUGGCCAUUCAGGCGGAUAAUCCCUGCCCAUUUUGCUGCUCCAAUAAACGCAAGCAGGUCAGACUUCUUGGCAGCAUUUACUUUCCUUGAUGAGCUUCUGGGUGAGCGCUUUGUCACAAGGCCUUCACUGUCUCUUGUCUUCGCAUCCCUCAUGGGGAGAGCAACCAGUUACUUCCCACCGGAUGAUAUGAAGACCUUGUCAUCCCUCGACGAAUUCUUGGUGUCAGUUGGAGCUGUGAAGAAAACUGUUUCAGGAAGAAAACGGUAACAAUGCGAAGACAGUGUACAUUUCAUGUGCCUGUCCGCCAUUCUGGAAUAGAUUACUGUACAUAGAGUUUACUCAGCCAUACUCUUUUAUUUUACUCGGAUCAAAACAAAGAAUGUAGACUCAGAGGGAUGUAGUCUCUGGGUCUUCUUUUUUUUUGUCACCAUAAUGUUGGAUGAUUUCUUUGUUAUAGGUAAUGACUUUAAGGUUGUUUAAUAGAAGAGCAUGGCUAAUGCUGCUGAAGUAAGAUCGGCUGAGUAAUUAGUGAGAAAGCAUUUGAUGCCUAACAGGAUUUCUUACAUGCACUGCUGUAAUAGUAUGGGCCAUAUCUACACCCCUUAUGGAGAACAAACGUUCUUUUAAUUACAAAAUCUGUAUCAUUUGAUGGAUU